GCCCAGCCCAUGAGAGGCCAAUGGGGAGUGGCCAGGAGGAGGGACUCCCAAGUCAGCCAGGCCAGCCAGACCACGAUGCAGGCGGGCACUGUGGGCCAGACCUGGAGGGGGCAGGAAGAGCCUCUGCCACGCCCACAACCCCUGGGCUCCCGACCAGCUGCCCACCUGCAGACCCGGAUGACGCUGAGGCUGCUGGGCCCCCAGCUGCCCUCCUGGAGGGGCUCCUGCUGGGGGGUGGGAAGCCAUCGUCCCACAGCACCCAGCCCGGGCCCUUCUUCUACAUUGGAGGCAGCAAUGGGGCCUCAAUCAUCAGCUCCUACUGCAAAAGCAAGGGCUGGAAGCGCAUCCAGGACAGCGGCCGGGAGGACUACAUGCUGAAGUGGUGCGAGGUCAAGAGCCGGGACAGCUACAGCAGCUUCCGGGAAGGAGAGCAGCUGCUGUACCAGCUUCCCAACAAUAAGCUCCUCACCACCAAGAUCGGGCUGCUCAGCACCCUCCGGGGGCAGGCACAGGCCAUGAGCAAGGCCAGCAAGGUGCCAGGCGGCCCCCAGGCCAGGUUGGGAAAGGACGCAGCAGCGGCCACCCUGGAGGACCUCCCGUGGACAAGCCCAGGACACCUCAGGCCACACAGGGUCCUGAGAAUGGAAGAGUUUUUCCCAGAGACCUACCGUCUGGACGUCAAGGACGAGAGAGAAGCUUUCUUCACCCUCUUUGACGACACCCAAACGUGGAUCUGCAAGCCCACGGCCUCCAACCAGGGCAAAGGCAUCUUCCUGCUCCAGAGCCAGGAGGAAGUCGCCGCCCUGCAGGCCAAGACCCAGAGCAUCGAGGACGACCCCGUCUACCACAAGCUGCGGCUCCGGGGGCCUCAGGCGCGGGUGGUGCAGCGGUACAUCCAGAACCCGCUGCUGCUGGACGGGAGGAAGUUCGACGUGCGCUCCUACCUGCUCAUCGCCUGCGCCGUGCCCUACAUGGUCUUCUUCGGCCAUGGCUACGCCCGCCUCACCCUCAGCCUCUACGACCCCCGUUCCAGCGACCUCAGCAGCCACCUGACCAACCAGUUCAUGCAGAAGAAGAACCCCCUGUACGUGCUGCUGAAGGAGGACACGGUGUGGAGCAUGGAGCGUCUCAACCACCACAUCAAUGACACCUUCAGGAAGGCCCGGGGCCUCCCCAGGGACUGGGUCUUCACCACUCUCACGAAGCGGAUGCAGCAGAUCAUGGUCCACUGCUUCCUGGCCGCCAAGUCCAAGCUGGAGUGCAAGCUGGGUUACUUUGACCUCAUCGGCUGUGACUUCCUGAUUGAUGACAACUUCAAGGUGUGGCUGCUGGAGAUGAAUUCCAACCCCGCCCUGCACACCAACUGCAAGGUCCUGAAGGAGGUCAUCCCAGGUGUGGUCAUGGAGACCCUGGACCUGGCGCUGGAGACCUUCCAGAAGAGCCUGCGCGGUCAGAAGAUGCUGCCCCUGCGGACCCAGCGCCGAUUCGUGCUCCUGCACACCGGUGAGGCCGAGCAGAGGCUGCGUCCUGGGGCCCCGAGCAGCCUUCCCGGCCGGCUCCCCUGUGACCCCCGCCAGGCCGAGUCCUCCAGGCUGCCCAAGCCUCACGCCCCAGCCCGGCCGGGUGCCCGCAGACCCACACUACCUCCCUCGGCCCCCUGGCAGCCCCGGCCACCCAGCCCUGGCUCCGGCCCGGGCCCUGACAACGCCCACGACAGGGAGCCCCAGGCCCCAGGCACUGAGCGGCCAGGCGGGGGCGACAGGGACCUGGUGCAAGAGCCUUCCCCAGGGACAGCCCAGGAGGAGCACAAGGAGCUCAGGAACACAAGACCCCAGGGGGGUGGGUCACCCGAGCCCCACCCCCCGCCCCACCAUGCUGCCCCUGCCACGCUGCCCACCCUCAGGGACCAAUAAAGGCUACUUUGUUACAAACAC